AUUCCGCGAGGAGCCUGGGGACAGGUGGACGACACUGCCUACUAGCAAUCAUACUCUGUCGGCGAACUACUGACCAUUGCAACUUCAAACGGAACAACUUGUAUACAAAACAGCAAUAAUCUAGUAAAAAAUGGGAAACGAAGCUUCUUUACCAGGGGAUAUGGUGACACAUUUUGAUGCUGAUGAGAUUAGAAGGCUUGGGAAGCGCUUUCGGAAGCUAGAUUUGGACAAUUCGGGCUCCUUGUCUGUUGAGGAGUUUAUGUCUUUGCCCGAACUCCAGCAGAACCCCCUGGUACAGAGAGUCAUAACUAUUUUUGACGCGGAUGGCAAUGGAGAGGUUGAUUUUAAAGAAUUUAUUGAAGGUGUUUCACAGUUCAGUGUCAAGGGUGAUAAGGAAUCUAAACUGAAGUUUGCAUUUAGGAUAUAUGACAUGGAUAACGAUGGCUAUAUAUCAAAUGGAGAACUCUUCCAAGUGCUUAAAAUGAUGGUUGGAAAUAAUUUGAAGGAAACACAACUACAACAAAUUGUAGACAAAACGAUACUCAAUGCUGACAAAGAUGGUGAUGGCAAGAUAUGCUUUAGCGAAUUUUGUGCGAUUGUUGGCAACAUGGAUGUUCAUAAAAAGAUGGUAGUUGAUGUGUAAUCUUGAUAUGAGAUGGUCACAAGACUUCUUAUUUAUUGCUAGCCUUAAUUACAUCCAACCAAUGCAUUCCUCGAUAUAAAACAAUGAUUCUCCUGUCUAAAACUGACCAUCCCCAAGAGAAUGCAGUAUGGCGUGUGGAAACCCUUGGCUGGACUACUGAUACUGCUCAAAGAUACAGAUAUUAUAUGCUUACUGGAUGUAAAAUGUAUUGUGUAUGUGAAAAGAUGAGACUCAGUGAAGAGGACACCUAAAAUCAAUGGACCAACAUUAUAGUUUAAAGCUUAGUGGUUAAACUCUGGAUUUUAUCAGUUAGUUGUUAUUAGCAACACAAUUACCUACCACAUGUUGGUGAUCUUUCUUUUAAAGUGUCCCUUUCCAAAUGAUGUCCUUUAAUUAUUUCCAGUAGAGAAAAAUUCUCUGUUUUAGUGACUACAAAGGGUGCAGAAGCCCACAUCAAAUAUCAAUAUCAAUGUUUAGUUAUACUCCAUUUCAAGUGCAAUUCUAAACAGACAUUAGGUGCAGUAAAUAGUGCUGAAGGAUUAAAGAGGACUUUCUUAGAUUUCAAAGACAGUUUUUUUUAUCUGAGAGGUCGCCUUUUGCAUUGCAAUGUAGUAUUUUCUGUCCCAUAUUAAAAUCUUUUUCAUCCACUUUCCAGCAAUGUUGAGUAGUUGGUUACUUAUCGUUGUUCAGGAUUACAGUGAAGACUUUUAAAUUCAUGGUUGAAAUCUUGAAAUAAUUAUAGAUAGUUGUUAUUGGAAUUUGAACAAAGUGAGUAAUAUGGUGUUGUUGCCAUGUUAGGGCAUGCAUUCACGGUUACUUCGGCUUACAUCCCAAACUUCUAAGAUGAUCCCACUGUCCAUUUUGAUACAAGUCCCCAAAUAUUAUCUACAGUACCUGUUUAAAGACACAAAUAUCUGUCAUAGCUAGAGCUGCUAUGUAUGUUUGUUUAAUUCCUCUCCCCUGAAAUCAGUCUCUAGUGAAUACUGCUAUUCUGUUUCCAAGAUCUCCAUAUGAAUUCCAAAAGCUCUUGAUUCAUUGAGGGCACCAAUCCAAGGCUAGAAUAAGUGGAGACCUUGGCAACUGGGAGCAGCCCUUUUACCUUAUGCUGUGUUCACACUAGCUCUAGGCAUUAUUGCUCUGAGAAUAAUCGAGACAUGUUUCACUCACUUUUACAUCAGAUGACUGCAAAAAAUGUUUAAAACACCGUGACUCGACACUCACUUUUCAUUGGCCUGUGACGUUUUAAACUUUUUCUGUAUAAAUUUUAAUUUGAUCUAUCUUAAUUAGUUGAAACAUGCUCAGAGUUAUUGUGUUUGCCUCUAGUGUGAUUGUGGCAUAUGUCCGACUCAGAUGCAUAACUAGGGAAUUGCGCAGGCAUAGUUAUCAAAUGAGGUGAAACAAAUUCGUAACACUUCAAUGAGAAUAGUGGUUGGGGUCGGAUGCAAGCUCCCCCAGCACACACCCCUAACUACGCCCCUGAAGUUCUUUGCAAUUUAUCUCUUGACAUUUCAUUGAUGCUAACAUCUAAAGAAAUACCUCAGCUGUAUUACACUCCCUGUGAAAUAUUACAAUUUUGUGCAAUGAGAUAUGUAAAAUUGUUGCUUUGUUACAUUAAUUAUAUCAAAAAAGUUUAUUAAAUGUACAUUUUGAUGUUAA